AUGUAGCGGUGUGUUGAAAAAAGAACUACAAUUCCCAGAAACUCUUCCGAUAGCGAUAGAGAAAGGGAGCAAUGGAUGGCCUGUUUAAAAAAGAGUGAGGCAAUAUUGAGAGGUGGGAGCAAGAGUGUUAUACCUGGGCCUACAGAGACAGGCGAAGACAGAUGGGGAGUCGUGAGAGAACGGUUAUCCCGAUGGAAUUCCCAGAGGACUUCAAUCAGCUGGAGCUGCUUGAUACACACCGGCACCUCAUCCCCAGGGGCACCCUGAGUCUCUGGCCCGAGGAGGAGGAGGAGGAAGAGGAGGAGGAGGAGGAGGGGAGGCGCACAGAGGAGUGGUAUCAGGAGCAGGAGCGCAGACUUGAGAGCAGGCCCGCGGAGCUGAUGCUCUGGGCUGCCGAGAGGAACCGCCUUGCAACUGUUCAGCGCCUGCUCUUGGCCAGUGCAGAGCUGGGGCGCAUUACGGAUGAUGACGAGUACACCCCACUGCACCGUGCAGCGUACAACGGACACCUGGAGGUUGUCCGGUUGCUGACUCAGCACGGGGCGGACAUCCACGCCAGGACAGUUGACGGCUGGACUCCCCUGCACAGCGCCUGUAAGUGGAAUAACACCCAGGUGGCCUCCUAUCUCCUGCAGCAGGGGGCGGACAUCAACGCCCAGACCAACGGCCUGCUCACACCGCUACACCUGGCCUCCGGCAACAGCAGGGCCAAACAGACCCUGGAGCUGCUGCUCAUGAGCCGCCACAUCAACCCCGAAUUAAAGAGCAGUAGUGGUGAGACCGCUUUUGACAUCGCUCGCAGGACUAGCGCGCUCUACCACCUGUUUGAAAUUGUGGAGCCCUGCAAUAAUAUCCUACCGGAAUAACGAUUGUGGAAGGGAUGAUGGGACUGAGGCACAUCUGAACUCCUGAAAAUGUUCUUUGUCCCAUGAGUGUCAAUGGCAUAUAAACUCUGGUGGCAGUGUCGCAUUAAAAAAGUCUCUUAUAUGUCUUCAUGGAUUGGUUUUAUUGUUCAGGAAAUGCCUCUUUGCACAAAAAUACUCCUCAAACCUGAAGUAUUCUUUAAUUCAUUUAGGGAAAAAAAAGAUUUCAUUCUCGGCAAUCUGAAAAGGAUACUCCAGUCGUUUUGUGAGCGAGCUUUUAGAAUUUCUCCCUAAAACCUAAAUUGAGGCUUGAACUUGCUGCAUCACACAGUAAUUGCCUGUGCUUAGUAGAAGUGUUAAUUGAGCAAAAUGUAGUUAUCACUGAAUAUGUUGUUAUUGCACCUUUAACUGGCAAAUGUACAGUAAGUGUUUGCAGAGCAUUUUGAAGUAACUGGAAAAUAUAUAUUUUUUGGGCAAAUAUUCCUGAUUUCUACAAUUUACCGAUUUAAAGGACUGUAGCACAAGGGAAAAUAAAUGCAAAACAAUUAACACAUUUUAAA